AUGAUACAUCUUCCUAAGUCAUUUUUAGGCGUUUUCCCGCUAUAUAUGGGUGUCGAGAUCGCGUUGGGCAUCACCAUUUUAAACAAAUGCAGUGGAGCGUACGGGAUCUUGGGCUUGUUGACAGGCCACGGUCUCGACGUCAUGCAGUGGUUGCUGUAUGUAUCGUCCAUUUUGGCCCUGGGGGUGUACUCCCAGGCUCUGAAACAGGUGUAUUCGCCGCAAUUGCUCAUGUUCUCGCUCGCUGUGGUGGUGUACAGCGUUGACACGGUACUGACGUGCUUUUUCACUGUGUGGUUCAGUGGACAAUGGUUUUCCAGCAAACACAGCGAGUUCACAGACCCAAACUCGCAAACACACCAGUCGGACACCUCCGCUUCGCAGCUCAACACGCGAGGCAACACGCAGAAGUCCCAGAGUGCCUCGCAAAGUGCCGAGUUUUUCUUCACCAUACUGAUAACAGUACUGGCACUAGCGUCCCGAUUCUACUUCAACUCCAUUCUGAUGGCCUUCGUUCAAAGACUCCUACGUCAUCCUAAAUACAUCGUCGACAUUGACGAUAUCGAGCAAGACUUGAAGAACAAAAACUGGUUUGCCAGAUGUUGGAUUAAGGCCCAGCAUAUCAGCUACAAGUGGUGCCGUCAAAACCUCGCUUGA